AGGAAACAGAUCUGAUUCUGACUUUUAAUAUCUCAAUGCACCGUUCUUGGUGGAUGGAGAAUGGCCCAGGAUGUACUGUGACAUCAGUGACUCCAGCCCCCGACUGGGCCCCAGAGGACCAUCGCUAUAUCACGGUCUCAGGGUGUUUGCUUGAAUACCAGUACAUAGAAGUGGCACACAGUUCUCUUCAGAUCAUCCUUGCAUUGGCAGGGUUCAUCUACGCCUGUUAUGUUGUGAAAUGUAUUACUGAAGAAGAGGACAGCUUUGAUUUCAUAGGUGGAUUCGACUCUUAUGGCUAUCAAGGCCCACAGAAGACAUCUCAUUUACAACUACAGCCCAUGUACAUGUCCAAGUAAGCAAUGUGACUUCAGUGUGUCAGCUCAAGGACCUUUCAAAGAACUUGUUUCACAAUGGCCUCCUGUGUUUUACAAAGAGCAAGAAGCAACUUAUCUGUGUUUAAAAAAAUAAAAAACAACCACCACCAAACAUAAGCUGAGACACAAAAAUAACUAGUUCUACUUGGCCUCUUCUUCCUAACAAACACAGACAGAUGCCCAGGAGACCCUGUCUUGGAUUUCCUGCCAGGCCUUUGGAAGGUCCAAAAGGAGAAGUGUUGGUGACCCCUGCUGCCCAUUCUUUCCCUUUACCUUCUGCAUUCUUACUAAUGGGAGAGCCUGAAUUAUGGUGUCAUCCAGUUAAGAAUCAUCCGACAGCCCUCCACUCACCUGAUAGCACCAAGUCUCCUUAGUGUAAUUACAAAAUAAUAACAGUAAUAAUAAUAAUAAUAAAAUAAUACCAUGAUGACCUUGUAACUGAAGUCUAUACAGACGGCAGGUUGUUUGCCCUAAAGGCUGUACAGUACAUACUUGCCUUAACCCAUCUAAGUUGUACACACCAGAGAAACUCAGUGCAGGCUCUCUGAAGUAGCUUCCUUCAGGCUGCUGUUCAUUCUGGGGAAAACAAACCAAGUUUUAAGUCAGCGUGUUUCAUGUCAGGGAACAAGACUGCCUAGUUUCAGUAGCUCCAGAGCUUCUGUGGGAUAAACUGCCAGCUGUCAGUGAAGUGCUUUACUAUUGAGCCGACACAGUGGCCAAAAAGUAAUGAUAACAAUAAUAAUCUUGACAAUAACCUUUAUAAUACUAAAUAAGGUCGUGGGGAAGGGACAUGAUGAGGGGGGAGGGGGUUGGGAAACACAAAGCAAAACUCAUUAAACUACUAACCUUCCUGGAAACAGCUUCGUUAACCCCAUUAUUUUUAUUUAGUGCACUCUAGGUGCUUUUCUAAGUAACUUCCAAUAUGUCUUUUACUAACUCCAGAAACAUCUGCAGAUUUCUAUCAACAGAGGCCAACUGAAUAUGUAUUAGCUAUGUUUACUCUUUUAUAUCUAAUUCAAAUGGAAGAUCUGAUGUAAGUGAACCUUUUUUUUCUAACUUCCGCAUAUGAGAUUAUUUUUUGUGGGUGGGGGGUAGGGAGGGGAAAUAGUUACCUUGGUGAAAUAUUUGAGAUCUCUUUGUGGUAUUUGGGGGAUCUGUUGUGUGUUAGAGUGUGUAUUUUAAUCUUCCUGUAUUAUUGUGGCUGAAAAAAAACUGUGCUGUUAUGUAGUUGGCAACAAGAUGCCUUUGGGAACUUAAUAGUAGGUCAAUGUGUUUAUGGAAUACUCUGAACUCCUAGGAAAUAUCGUUUUGUUUUGAAUUUGAGCUGUAUUUUUUAGGCACUAUGUGGCUUUCAUUAGCGGUAAACAUAUUUGUUCAGGCUUUUCAGGAACUUGGAUUGCCCUUGUUUCUUUUCUUGGAAACACCUUGGAACACUUCAGAAAAUGGGGGGGGAAAUAAUGCCCUCCCAACACCUGUAAGGGACAAGUAAAAUCCAAGUUUAGAACAGCUUAAGUUAGCAAAGAAUCACUUUUUUUCCUAUUUCUUACUCCUUAGUGGAGGUUCUGAGAUUACUUGUAUGGAACCUGAGCCUGCCCAUAUCUACAGAAGCAAGUCCUGUUUACUGUGUUUGCAUGGAUAUCUGUAUCACACACAAAAAUAUAUAUAUAUAUUAUAUAUAUUUACUUUAAAAAUUGUCUAGAAAACAGAGGAACAAAAGUCCUCCAUUGGAAAGUAAGCUACAAAGACAGGUUCCAGGAAUUAUACUUGCAUUUUUUUCUAGUGGCUUAUACAUGUGUGUCUAUAUAUACAUGUAUAAAAUAUAAAAUCUCAAAUUCCUCAGUGAAACCUCUUCACAUGCACAUUUCCUGCAUGUCUGAAUAACAAAUUGAGGGGAAAAUAUUGAUCCCAAGCUGAUUUUUUGGCAUCAAAACAUAAACGCAAAAUUCAAGACAGGAUCAGAAUGACAACAUUUUUAUGAGAUUUCCCUGUACAUGCUUGUCAUAAUGAGGUUUUGCUGUAGCGUACAUGUGUAUGUAUGUAUGGGUGAGUACAUAUGCUCACCCAGCACAUAAUAGGCCCUCAUAGUCCUCCUUUAAGUUGAAGCCAAGUCACCAUCACCCCCUUCACACAUUAAAACAAGAAAUGAUGUUGACUACUAAACAAUGUUCAGUGGACAGAAAUGUCAUGGGAGCAAUUCUGAGCACAGUAGUGUGACUAUAUCUGGAAUAACAUCCAAGUUAUACAGCAGCUGUAUCCUCCUCAAAAUCCAGGAAAGAAUGCUAUUUUUCUAGGCUGGGCUUUUGUUAUAAAACCUAAUAUUCAGAAGGCAAAAGGUAUGAUCCUGAUGUGUCUUUUUCUUUCUUUUACUUGGCAUUUGUUAAUUCUGAAUGUAUUUUUAACAGAAGUGAUUUUUUUGACUUAUUAGUGUAAUUUGCAUUUUAAAAAUAAAUGAAAAAAAAAA